UGGAUUUGACACUGGUACACCAUGACAAAUGUGUAUGAUCACUGGUACACUGUGACAGAUGGAUGAUCACUGGUGCAUUGUGGCAGAUGUGUAUGAUCACUGCCAGGGGCGGACUGACAACUCAUGGGGCCCCCAGGCAAUAGGGGAUCAUGGGGCCUCUGUGUCCUUGCCCACACUCAACAAAGCCUAUAAAAAAGGUACCAGGGGCAUUUCAUGGGGCCCCCUACUGACCCCGGGCCCUCAGGCAGUGCCCGAGUGCUCGAAUGGUCAGUCCUCCCCUGUCUGUAGCAGUACA